GGCAGCCCUGUCGCCAUUGAGUAAAGGUAAUAUUCUAUAGCAUAUGGUAACGUCUAUUCAUCUGAAUUUAGAAACACAUACGCAGAAAGGAACCUGUUUAGAGAAUAUCAUCUAAGAAAGCUGACACUGUUGUUCUGAAUCUGGUCAAGCACUUGAAUCGUGAAAAUGAAGCUUUGGUGGUGAUAUCGGAUUUCAGAAGAUAACCUAACAAGAUAGUUCUCCUGGAGAAUCAGUCACCAUGAGUGGUAUUGACAAUGGGAUCAUCAGCAUAUGUGCUAUUUGCGGAGACAGAGCAACAGGGAAGCAUUAUGGUGCAUCCAGCUGUGAUGGGUGCAAAGGGUUCUUCAGACGCAGCAUCAGGAAAAGCCAUGUUUACUCUUGCAGGUUUAGCAGACAGUGUGUUGUUGACAAGGACAAACGCAAUCAAUGCAGAUAUUGUCGUCUAAAAAAGUGCUUCAGAGCUGGAAUGAAGAAAGAAGCUGUUCAAAAUGAAAGAGACCGGAUAAGCACAAGAAAAAGCGCAUUUGAAGGGAGCAACCUCACUUCUAUUAACACACUGUCACAAGCAGAGGCUCUGUCGCGCCAGAUCACUUCCUCAAGUUCUAGUACAAGUACUGACAUAAAUACAAAGAAAAUUGCUAGUGUUAGUGAUAUAUGUGAAUCCAUGAAGCAGCAACUGCUGGUCUUGGUGGAGUGGGCAAAAUACAUCCCAGCCUUCUGUGAGCUUCCUCUGGACGAUCAGGUUGCUUUACUGAGAGCACAUGCUGGAGAACAUCUGCUGCUUGGUGUAACAAAACGUUCCAUGGUGUUUAAAGAUAUUUUACUCCUAGGGAACAGCUAUGUGAUCCACCGAAAUUGUAAUGAGAUAGAGAUAAGUCGUGUGGCUAACAGAAUUUUGGAUGAACUUGUCCAGCCAUUCCAGGAAAUCCAGAUAGAUGACAAUGAAUACGCCUGCUUAAAAGCGAUUGUAUUUUUUGAUCCAGAUGCAAAGGGGCUCAGUAACCCAAUGAAGAUAAAAAAUAUGCGCUAUCAAGUACAGAUCAGUUUGGAAGACUAUAUUAAUGACAGACAAUAUGAUUCUAGAGGACGAUUUGGAGAACUUCUUUUACUCCUGCCCACUCUUCAGAGCAUUACCUGGCAAAUGAUUGAGCAAAUUCAGUUUGUAAAGUUGUUUGGAAUAGUUAAGAUUGACAAUCUUCUCCAGGAGAUGUUACUAGGAGGUUCAUCCACCGAUUCUAGUCACAUACAACAUCCAGCGCUUUCCCAUAUACCUCAAGACCCACUAGUUGGACAGACUCUGCUUGUUAGCUCCAUGUCUGCUUCACUACACUCAGAACAGAUUGCAACUCCCGAAACACCUUUGCCUUCUCCUCAACAAGGAUCAGGACAGGAACAGUAUAAAAUAUCCACAAACCAUGCAACGGUCAUCACACAUCAAUCCAUCUUGAAGCAAAAGCCUUGAUAUAAUGCGGAUGUGUAAAAGAUACAUAUAGCAUAAUGGACACUGCCAGUUUUACUUUUAUAGUGAUUUACAAACUAAAGUGAAACUUGAAAUAUGGGCCCUCAUUCCGAGUUGAUCGCUCUGUAUUUUUCAUCGCAUCGCAGUGAAAUUCCGCUUAGUACGCAUGCGCAAUAUUCGCACUGCGACUGCGCCAAGUAAUUUUACAAUGGAGAUAGUAUUUUUACUCACGGCUUUUUCAUCGCUCCGGCGAUCGUAAUGUGAUUGACAGGAAAUGGGUGUUACUGGGCGGAAACAGGCCGUUUUAUGGGCGUGCGGGAAAAAACGCUACCGUUUCCGGAAAAAACGCAGGAGUGG